AUGGAUGGUAACCACGUACCCAAAGAAAUGGACGUAGGCUGUUCGCUAUGCGCAUUCCACCAUAAUGAGAGCAUCUUUCCAGACUUGUAUACGUUCGACCCUGAGCGCUGGAUAGUCUUCAAAUCGAACCCAGCCGAGAAGGUGGCGGCCUUGCGAAAGUACUUCAAUCAGUUCUCUCUCGGAACGCGUUAUCUCGAUCUGGAGACCCUGACCCAACGGCGGAAGGAUUGA